AUGGUCAACUCCUUCGUCAUCUUUGCCGCGCUCAUUGCCAGCAGCAGUGCCACUGUGGUUGCCGUCGACACGCCAGCCAUGGGCAUCGCAGCGAAAGUGGACACCGAGGCGAGCCACAAGCAACCGCAGCAGCUUCGCGAAGGCGGCCAAAAGGAGUGCUUUGGGUCGAUCUGUGGCGGUGGCUUUGGUUUUGGCUGGGACGCCCUCAGUCGCUUGUCGUGGGACCGUGACAAGUACUUGAAGCAAGCAUCGUGUCUAGUCAACCAGUGCUUGUGGCUCUAA